UUAUAAUCCACACACAACCCACCAAGAACCAUUUUACCUACAAUAACAUCGUCUUAUCACCAUCCUUCCUAUACAAACAUCACAUCAACAUCACAUCAACAUCAACAUCAAUCAACAUUACAUUCCAGUACCCUUACCUUACUUACACUUGAACAACUUCUUUUCAGUGUAACAAGACACAUUGAUUGAUCUUCGAUUCCGAUUCCAAAUCUUCAACAAGAUUCCGCUCGAUUCUUCCUUUCAUACAAAAUAAAGAUACCAUUCAUAUCCCAUUCAUCUUUCCGCACCUCGCCGGAACAUCAUCGAUUCAAACGAACGCAAUUUAUUCCGAAAGCGCAUACUUGACCUACUUAUUUCACACCCACAUCCACCCCGUUUUCUCCUCCACACUUUCAACCCCCAACUUGAACCUACAUACAACCCACAUCGAAAAUCCUCAAGAUACUUUUCAAAGACCGUUUAUUCAACCCUCUUUUACAAUACUCUAGAUUGACUAUUGUAAAUACAAAUACCAUCACAAGGACGAAACUCAAUCAAUAACAAACCAACAUUCCUCCACGAUUUCGCGAUUGAGUCGCGAUUUCUCCCCGCAGUCGUGCCUUCACCCUUACAACAGCUCGUGCGUUCGAGCAAAAAAGACUUUCAUCAUGCCUUCCAGAUUAAAUGCGCCGGUCUUGACCGUCGAUGCCAAACUCAUUCAUAAAGUUGACACUAGAAAUGUUGAAAACCUUUACAGCAUGUGGACUGGUAAGUUUACUUCCUCUUCACCAUCACAUCAUGGAAUUGUUACGCGUGUGACAUUCCUAUGAUUCAAGACACUAACAUUUCUUCAUAGUUUUCUCUAGGUGUGCGGGAUCAUUAGAAGAAGGUCGAAGAUUAGAGAACUUAAGCUGGAGAUUAUGGACACGAGAAACCUUUUGCUGUGAACCAACUUCAGAAGCAAAUGCUACCACACCCGCAAUCUCAAUAUCCUCACGGAGUUCCGAAGGUCAAUAUUCGAAUGAUGUCCCAGAGUUGAGUGGAAGCUUAGAUUCGGUCGUCGAUGAAGAAGCAAUUGAAUUCGAAGAAAGUACCGACGCUUCCCCUCUCGAUAUCUCCCAUCCACAAAUUCGCAGACAAGAUUCUUGCAAUAGCAGAAGUCGAGGAAGAGAACGCCACAUCACCCCCAAUGACCUUGAGAAGAUGGUUAUAACUAUUAAGGAAAAGAAAGAUUUGGCUCCUCUCACCAUCACCACACCUUUCCUUGCGCCACUCGCCGAGAGAAUACCACAAUUCACUCAACCACAAUAUGAAUCAUCUGCCACUGUAGCAGAGUCUUCAUCAGCCAACUCAUCGGCUCAAUCCGCCACCACUCAGUCAUCUAUUGCCAUCUCUGAAAAGGGUGCUACCUCGGUUGUGAAAGGUUUCUCACUUUCCCCAGCACAUGUCAGCAGCUCAAUGCGUUCAAUGCCACUCAACACUGUGCCAUCAUCAAUCCCAACUGCCGAUAUCGUCGCAGCGGAUACUUCGAAAGCACUCGCACCAAAGAAGAAGCAGAUGUUCGCUCUCGGUGGAUCUUCAGGUGAAGACUCGCUUAGUGAGCAAGCAGUUUCCAUGGACAACAAACCAUUAACCCUCCAAAAGAAGAAGCCAGCUAAAUUCAGCUUCGGUGGAUCAUCAAAUGAAGACGAGAGUUCUUUACCAAACAGAAUGCAACCACGCAGCUCAAUAACUGACAAACUGCAAAAGCCUUUGGCUAAGAAGCAAACUUCAUUCCAAGAAGAAGUUGCCACGAGAACCAUUCAAGAGGAGGUAUUCGAUGAUGAUGUUUUCGAGACUGAUGACGAGGAUGAUGUUGAUGAGAGUGCCAUUGAUGACGAUGAUGAUUCUUCUGAUUGGGAGGAUUCAGUUGAGGAUAGUGGAAACGCAAGCAUCGAUGACAAGACCUUCUUUCAACGCGUCGACUCAAGACCACAACUCACCUCAAGAAGAUCAUUAAUUACUACAAUGCUUCACCAAAAUGAUCGUGCUCAAGCACUUGCCACCGAGGCUUCUCGAUCAACACCUGCUCUUAGACGUUCCCGAAAUUCUUCGCCAAAUGGUCCUUCUCUUGCAGCAUCACCAGAAUCCGAUGAAGCUCCUCUCAUGAUGAGAGGACUGAAAUCAAUCGCCGAAGUUCCUCGUGGAGCUCAACCAAUCAUCAAAACAACUACCAACACUACCGCACAUCACCAAGCACUUUCACCAAGAACCACAAGACGAAACAUGCUCGCCACUGAAUUGACUGUCAGUCUUCGCCAAAACCUCCUAUGGGAGAGAAGACAAAAGUCAUCCGUCAACGAAGCAGCCGCUGCUCUUAAGAGAAGACAUACUGCACACGAUGUUAAAAACCUUAAACAAUACCCUGAGAAGGUUUAUAUGGAUAAGGAUGAUCAAGCUCUUAACUCAAGCUGGAAUCAAUACUUCAGUCAAGGGUUAGGAGAGUAUCAUUCUAAAGGAUGGUAGAUUUUGAUCACUAUCUCGUGUUAGUCGCAUAAUGUAAUGGGUUUCUCUUUUGCGCAUCGAGUAACAUCAGUGGUAUACAAUUUAUACGUUCGACUUUAUGUUACAUUCUGGUACAUAAAGUCUUACAAUGACUUCACAGUCAACUGCAUUCAUCGUCAUGGAGUUUCUUGGCAUAGAAACAUGACGUGCGGAUCAUUAUGCGGCACAGCAUUGGGCACGAAUUAAUGUCUUUGCUUUUCAGUUUGCAUUAUAGCGAUUGUUUUACAGCACAGGAUUCGGAGGGAUAUUUGU